AUGGCACGCCCAAAUUUUGAUGCCCUCAGAGACAUGCACAACUCUGCCAAUGACCUUCUUCACUCCCCCACAAUCCAACGAGCUCUUCUGCACCAACGACAAGAAAAAUGGGUUCAUGAGGUCUCGGAGGCAUCUCUAAGGAUGUUGGACGUGUGCGGCACUUCUAAAGAUGUUCUGUUGCUCGUCAACCAACAGCUCCAACAUCUCCAAUUCACGUUACGUAGAGUAUGCACUGGCGAGCCGGACAUUGGUAGCAAAAUUGCUGCUUGUAAUCGCUACGGAAGGAAGCCAAAGAAAGAAACGUUAAAGUGCUUGAAUUCUUUGAAGCGGAUGAAGAACAAGAAGUCCAGCACUUCGGACCACCUCUCACCAAUAGACGACAACCUUAAAGUAGUUGUCGAUGUUCUAAAGGAAGUGAGAGUAACUACUAUUUCUAUCGUGGAAUCACUGUUGUCCCUGAUUUCCAUACCCAGCUGGCUAGAUCAGAAAGCAGCGAAAGGGUCUUUUGCGUCAAGGUUUAUACGGGUGAGUUUGCAAGGUUUGUAUGAUAUUUGCGAUGUAACGGCUGUCCAGAGUGCCAAUAAAAGAUUGGAGGCAGUGGAGAUAGCCAUCGAAGACCUUGAAGUUGAGUUAGCGUGUAUGUUUAGGUGUUUGAUCCAGACUAGGGUUUCACUUCUCAACAUUCUAACAAACUAGCUAGAUAUGUACGUACGUAACGUACACUGUUGUAAAUCCCAUUCAUGGUUGGCAACCCA